UCUGCCCAGGGCUUCUUCCUGCGAUCUUCCCCAUCCACCAUGUCUCAGCAGUCCUCCGUCACCUUCCAGACCGGCAGCCGCAGGGGCUUCAGCAGUACCUCGGCCACCACCCCUGCAGCCAGAUACUCCCGCUUCAGCUCCAUCUCAGUGGCCCUCUCCUCAGGGAGCAAUGGAGGGCUGGGGAGGAUCAGCAGCACACGGGCUGGAUUUGGAAGCCGCAGCCUCUACAACCUGGGGGGGACCAAGCGGGCCUCGGUCAGUGGGUGCAACAGCAGCUUCCAGAGUGGCUUUGGCAGCAGGGCUGGCAGCAGGUUUGGCUUCAGAAGUGGGGUCAGCAAUGGAUUUGGCUAUGGAGAUGGGGUUGGAGGGAGCUUUGGGAGUCCUGGCGUCCCUGUCUGCCCCUCUGGUGGCAUCUAAGAGAUCAUUGUCAACCAAAGCCUCCUGACUCCCCUGAACCUGCAAAUUGACCCUACCAUCCAGAGGGUAUGGAAAGAGGAAUGAGAGCAGAUCAAAACCCUCAACAAGUUCGCCUCCUUCACCAACAAGGUGAGGUUCCUAGAGCAGCAGAACAAGGUCCUAGAGACUAAGUGGAACCUCCUGCAGGAACAGGGUUCCAGGACCAUGAGGCAGAACCUGGAGCCCCUCUUUGAUGUCUACACUAGUGAGCUCCGAUGGCAGCUGGACAGCAUCACCACUGAGAGGGGCAGGCUCGAAGCUGAGCUGCGGAACAUGCAGGAUGUCAUUGAAGACUUCAAAGUCCGGUAUGAAGAUGAAAUCAACAAGCGCACAGCUGCUGAGAAUGAGUUUGUAGCCCUGAAGAAGGGCGUGGAUGGUGCCUACAUGAACAAGGUGGAGCUGGAGGCCAAGGUCAACUCUCUAACCGACAAGAUCAACUUCUUCCGGAUGCUCUGUGAGGCAGAGCUGUCCCAGAUGCAGACUCAGGUCAGUGACACAUCUGUGGUGCUAUCCAUGGACAACAACCGCAGCCUGGACCUGGAUAGCAUCAUCGCUGAGGUCAAAGCACAGUAUGAGGACUUCGCCAACCGUAGCCAGGCUGAGGCUGAGUCCUGGUACCAGACCAAGUAUGAAGAGCCGCAGGUCACGGCGGGCAGACACUGCGAUGACCGCCACAACACCAAACAUGAGAUCUCCGAGAUGAACCGGAUGAUCCAGAGGCUGAGAGCUGAGAUUGACAACGUCAAGAAGCAGUGUGCCAACCUGCAAACGGCCAUUGCUGAUGAAGAACAGUGCGGAGAGCUGGCCCUCAAGGAUGCAAGAGCCAAGCUGGUGGACCUUGAGGAGGCCCUGCAGAAGGCCAAGCAGGACAUGGCCCGGCUGCUGUGUGAGUACCAGGAGCUGAUGAACAUCAAGCUGGCCCUGGACGUGGAGAUUGCCACCUACAGGAAGCUGCUGGAGGGCGAGGAAUGCAGGCUGAGUGGAGAGGGCAUUUCUCCAGUGAACAUCUCUGUGGUCACCAACACUGUUUCCAGUGGCUAUGGCAGUGGCAGCAGCACUGGAGGUGGAAGCCUGGGUCUCGGUGACAGUGGCUACUCCUUCACCACCAGUGGCAGGCUCAGCCUGGGUGCAGGGCUCGGGGGAUCUGGCUUCAGUGCCAGCAGCAGCCGGGGCCUAGGGGGCAGUGGCUCAAGCGUCAAGUUUGUCUCCACCAUGUCCUCCAGCAGGAAAAGCUACAAGCACUAA